AUGUUGGCAGCAUUACAAUUAAUCAAUAUUGUUGCCAAUAUGUACGAGAACAGUAUUUUUGGAUGUGGAAAGUUUUUGUACAAAAUGUCUUCAAUUAUUGGAACAGAUACUAUUAGCAAAAUGAAUGUGAUCUCAGUGGUGAAAACAUACAUUUCAAAAAUGAUUGAAGAUAGUGGUCCGGGAAUGAAAGUUUUACUUUUGGAUAAACAAACCACAAGUAUCAUAAGCAUGGUUUACAGUCAAUCGGAAAUUUUUCAAAAAGAAGUUUAUUUAUUUGAAAGAAUAGAUGUAGGAAACAGAAAGGAAUCUAUAAAACAUUUAAAAUGUAUAGUGUUUAUGAGGCCAACAAAGGAAAAUAUCGGUUUUCUGGCUGGGGAAUUGAAAUAUCCAAGAUACAGUACUUAUUACAUUUAUUUAAGUAAUAUUAUUUCAAAAUCAGAUAUUAAAAUAUUAGCAGAAUCAGAUGAGCAAGAAGUCGUUAGGGAAAUUCAAGAAUUUUAUGCUGAUUAUUUAGCUGUCAGUCCUCAUUUAUUUUCUCUAGGAAUUCCUUGCAUUUACGAAGAAUUAUCUUGGAACUUAAAUCACCUGCAAAGAUCAAUACAGGGAAUAACAUCAGUACUUUUAUCACUUAAAAGAUUCCCUAUAAUUAGAUAUCAAGGAAUGUCCGAAAUGGCCAAGAGGUUAGCAGAAGGAGUUCGUGAUGUGUUAACUCGUGAAAGCUCUCUUUGUAAUGUCGGUCAUCAUAGCACUUCUACGAUUCUCCUUAUUUUAGACAGAAGAGAAGAUCCCAUAACUCCUUUGCUUAAUCAAUGGACUUAUCAAGCGAUGGUGCAUGAACUUCUCACAAUCAAUAACAAUAGGGUUUGCUUACCGAAAAACCAAGACAUGAAAGAAGUUGUUUUGUCAGCAGAACACGAUGAAUUUUAUUGUAAUAACUUGUAUCUAAAUUAUGGUGAAAUAGCUCAGAUGAUUAAGGAAUUGGUUGAUGAAUUUCAAAAAAAGGCCAAAAGUCACAAAAAGGUGGAAACGAUUGCGGAUAUGAAAAAUUUCGUCGAGUCUUAUCCGCAAUUUUCUAAAAUGUCAGGAACGGCAACCAAACAUGUAAACGUUGUAGAUGAAAUAUUUUCCUUGAUUGGAAAAUAUUGUUUGAUGGAUGUUUCGGAAUUGGAACAGGAUAUUGUUUCGCAAGAUGAUCAAAGCCAACAAUUACAAAACAUACGUGGGAUUAUUAAUAAUAAUAAAAUUAGAGAUAUAGACGCCACACGUUUGGUCAUAUUAUAUUGUUUAAGGUAUAGACGUUCGGGGGAUGCCAAUGUUAACAUGUUGGUAAACGCGUUAAGAAAAAGAGGAGUUUCCGACAGGUUAAUUAACAUGGUAGAUAAAAUAAGGCAUUACAGCGUGGAUAUUAAAAGCGAUUUGUUCGGUGAAAAUAAAACGGUUGAAAAAAUAAAGAAAAAAUUAUCGGAUUUGAAAGGAGUCGAAAACGUUUUCACGAGGCAUACGCCAUUAUUGAAAGAAACGUUAGAGGAUUUGAUUAAAGGGAAAUUAAAAGAAUCCAUGUAUCCCUACGUAAACAGUAGUAAAGGUCAAGGAAACAAAAAAAUUCAAGAUGUAAUUGUUUUUAUGAUCGGUGGUACGACAUAUGCAGAAUCUUUGAUCGUACAUCAGCUGAAUAGGACACACGCGAGAGUAAGCAUCGUGCUCGGUGGUACCACCAUACACAAUUCAACGUCUUUUUUAGACGAAGUAGAAAUGGCAACCGAAAGGAGCGGUUGGAAAUCGAAUUCACGAAUAAAACAGCUUUAA